AUGUCUACAGGAAGUAAAACUACGGAAGACAGUCAUCCUCAUGAUCAUGCUCGAAUACUUGGUGAACCACUUCAAGUACAACCACCCAUUCCAACCAGUCCACCAACAUCCGAUUUAGAAAACCAACAUGAAUUAGAUGAACAAGAUGAACGAGAUCCAUUAUUAAACAAUCAUAAUCAUCAAUAUCUUGAUCCUGAUGAUCCUAAAGUUUCACCCUUGAAUUUACGGCAAGUGCAAAUCUUAAAAUUGAUCAUUAAUGUAUUCUUAGUGAUUAAUGUUUUAUUAAUGAUUUUGAUUUUGGUAAGUGAUUUAUUCAUCACCAUACCUGGAUUUUAUAGCUUAGGUCAAUCAAGUUUCACAAUAGAUUUGAUUUUGGUGAGUAUAUUAUCGAAUUGGAUCACACAUAGUUGGUUUGCCGUCCCAGUUUAUUUCGAAAGAGUAUUAGGGUAUAUCAUUACUGGGUUAUUAGGAUUUGAUUUUUUAAUUAUGAUUGUACUUGAUAAAUUACGACUGAGAUGGGGUUACUUCGGAUUAAGUGUGAUGAUUUGGACGAUUAUUAAUUUCUUCGUUAAUGCCUAUUUUAAUUAUCUUACUGAGAAUUAUAAACAAUAUCAAGAAAUAAGGUAUACGGGACGAAUUGAAAAUCGGAAAACUCUCUGGGAAAUGAUAAUCAUUGUGAUUAAAUCAACGUUUAAAAUAUUGAUAUUUUUAUUAGUAUGGAAUUUAAGUGUUACAUUAUCGAUAUCGGCAUUUGAUAGUUUUGAAAAUCCAUGGGGAGAAUUAAUUAAUGUGAAUGAUGAUCAAGUACAACUUCAUUUAAGUUGUUAUGGAGAUGUGGAAAAUUCAAAUUCAUCAUCACAACCAAUCGUAUUAGUUAAUCAUGGUCAAUUGACUUCAAGUGAAGAAUUUCAAGAAUGGAUUGAAGAAUUAUAUCAUUUACAUAAGGUUGAACGAUAUUGUAUUUGGGAUAGACCUGGGUAUGGAUUUUCACUGAGUAGUCCUUCACCUAGUUCGAUGGGGAUUAUUAAUGAUUAUUUGAUGGAAGCGUUGGAUAAACAAGGGAUUGAAGGUCCAUAUGCUUUAGUGGGAUUUGAUAUUGGAGGAUUAUACAGUCGAAUCUUUGCCUCGAGGAAUCAUGAUAAAAUCCAUUCUAUUUUAUUUGUUGAUAGUUGGCAUGAAGAUUUAUUAAAGAAAUAUCCUUAUAGUGGGAUUAAUCGAAGAACAGAAAAAUCGAAUAUAUUUAAUCAUAUUCUUGAAUUAAUGAGUAAUAGAGAAGGAUUUAAAUUAUGGAUUCAAAAUAUCUUAUCACCAUUAGGAUUAAUUUCAAAUUUUCAUUUAAUUUUACAUCCAUUUAAAUAUGGAUCAAGUAAUAAUCGAAUUUAUGGAAGAGAUAUGUAUUAUCAACCGAUAUAUUUGCGAGCUCGAUUACAAGAACAAAUUACAUCUAGUAUCUUAUCAUAUAAUGAAGUUAAAGUAUGUGAUUUAAAGGAUAUCCCGAUUGGGACGAUAACAUCUGAUGGUAUGAUUAAAAAUUCAUUAAAUUGGGGGAAAUGGCAACGAGAGAUUAGUUCAUUAAGUAGUAAAUCGAUGGAAUGGGUUAUAGCAGAGAAUAGUAGUCAUUUUAUAUGGGAGAAUGAACGAGGUAGAGAACAAUUACAGGAAUUAUUAAUUAGAUUAAUUGAGUGA